CUCCCCUUCGCUAAUUCUUUAUCUAACGGCUGCGCCAGUUUUCCUCCCUCGCGUGUCUUUUUUCUGGGAAAAAAAACACACGAAGCUCUCGUAUUUCCGUUUGCCCCAAUAUGUAUUCGUUCCUCCUUUUUCGCCUUCCCUGCCGACAGUCGACCGUCUGGAGCGGAGGCAUCGAGUGGAUCUGCUACCGCCCCGUAUCGUCGUCGCGGCCUCCAGGAGGUCCGCCGGCGUGAAAGGAGGAGAGCGGCAAGCCUGAGUUGGGCUGAAGCUUCUGUCACAGCUAUGGCCCCGCGCCCGUCCCAGAUUGCGGCUUCUCCCGUCGCAAGACCGGCUCCCCGUCUUGAUUCGUCCUCGCGCUAAAGGCCAGGUCUUGGAGUUGCUAGCAGCCAUGGUGGAGCUCGGGUCGGGAUAGUGGAGGUGGUGGUGGUGGCUGUUGUGCCGCCAUUGAAGACCACGGCGGCGGUGGCAGGGCAGAGGCCGCGGCGAGCGACGAGGGCGGCCGCCAUCCAGCGGGUCUUCGGGGCCCCGACACCAUUCACGCAGCUGCCGACCUCGCCUGCUGCGCGCCAUGGAUGAGCCCACAAUUCAACUAAGUGAACAAACUACUCCUUAGAUCGAUGCAUGCAAAGUCAUAUGGUUGGAUUGAUCCUCGUCCAGGUGACAAUGGCGCUCCAUUACCAUAGUCAUCGACUACUGGUCUGUUUGUCAGCUUGGGAGUACUUUGUGAGGCCUUGAAGUCACACUUGACCUCUACAAAUCUUUUAUCCGCAACUAGGUGCUCAAAAUGCUCGAAAAAAAGGAAAUGGUGCAACUAGUUCAACAAGAAGGACAAGAACAAUGAAAAGAGGAGAUAAAGAAGAAUACGAGUCCGAUUUCUUACUUUUGGUCCUGAAGAUCCAUUGCCGUGUUCAUGGUUCUCAUGACCACUGCUUGAAGAAGCCAUAGAGGACAAUGAUUUCCUUACUUUAAACCUCGGAUCGCUUGAUAUUUGCACACUUUGCUAUCUGCCUGAAUUUGGUUUGUGGAUGCAAUCAGGCUCCAGAUUGAAAUCUCUUCCACCUGGUAUUUAGGAUCUUGUGUUUGUAAAGAUUUGCCUAGUGCCUCUGUUUUCUAUAUUGGCGCCAAUAGUUAGUUUGGCGGACAUUUUCCCUCCAAAAACAGUUGUGGAUAUUACGUGAGGGACUGAGGGCGAGGGAUAUACGGGAAUACGGGAGCUCGGGUAUUUAUUUAUUUUGGCAGAAAAGGCACGCGGGGAAGGGAAUCUGGCGCUGCCGUUAGAUGAAAAAUUAGCAAUGGGAGUACAGAUGGGAGCACGGGACAGGAGCAGGCAAGCCCCGUCCCCUCUUUUCCCCUUACCUUCCUUCCUCCAAUUCGUGUAUCUGUGAUCCUGUAAUCCACCAUUGUUAUUUGAGUUCAUCUGUGAGUGAUAGAUCGAGGAAGAUAUCGUUAGGUUGUUAACAUCUGGUAUUCAGAGCCAGUAAAUUUCACCACCACCUCCUCGAUUUCCCAAUUUCCACCGGCGACGGCACCAUGUCCGAUCAGGAGCAGUCUCCUUGUUCCCUGGUCUAUCCACCGGAGUGGGACACCAUGACCGCAGACGAGCAGAUGUUGUGGUUUCUCGCGCAGCUAUCGGCGCAGAUGGAUAGCAUCAAGUCCGAGUUCGCGGCCGCGCGUGCGGGCGAUCCAGUCGGGGCUACCUCACAAGUCGAUCUGCCUGCCUCCCCUCCUCCUGCUACUGCUACCUCGUCUCACAUCGACCUCGCAUCCACGACUACUUCACCCACCAUCGACGAGGAGGUCCACGACACAUCCCCUGAGUCUUCCCUCGACAGCAACCGCCACGUCCCCGACACGGGCAUGGACGAGCACACAUGGGUGGAGGAUAUUCCAGAAGUCGUCACCGAGCUCGCCGUCCUCCCCGGCACCCCCUCCUCCACCACUGAGGCCCGGGUGGUCCCCCACGAUGCGUCCGAGGACUCCAUCAAUGACAAGCCCGUGACCUGUUCGACAGAAUGCUCGAACCAGGACAACAACACGAGGGCGUUCCCACCUUCAGUCAUGACAGUGCCGCUCCUCUCAACAGCCGCACCAAUGCUCGUCACGGAUCUCAUUCACUCGGGCACCGAUGCCGUCGUGCAGCCGUUCCGGAACCACGACCUGGACGUCUCGCCGGGGCAUGCAGGGCUGCUGAUACGGGCGUCACCAUGGCCAUCGUUUCUGGUGGAUCAUAUUGCAGAGGGAAACGAGGUCCGACCGACUCCGUGGUCAUCAUUUCAGAUGCAUUUUGCUGACGGCAAUGAUGUACGGCCCGCGCCGUGGCCGUCGUUUGCUGGUUCUCUUGAAGGCACGACUCUGAAUUAUGAAGGGCUGCUGUUGCAAGUUACUUAUGUGGUGCAGCGUUUGCCGGUUGCUCUGAAUUUUUUGAGAGAAUACUGGAGGUAUCUACCAAGUGUGCGACUGAAGUCGUUUGAAGUCAGUGUGCCAUUAGAGAAGUGUGAUUGUGUGCAUCUUGUAUCAGCAGACGGAAACGAGGUCCGACCCAUUCCAUGGCCAUCGUUUCUAAUUGGAAGGUUCAUGAAGCAUCUAAUUAUGUUAGUUCAAGUGCAUGACAGUGGUUUGAUUAGUAGUAGAUUUCUGAUGGAAUUAAGCCAUGUUGGAAAUCUUGUGUGUGGUCUUCUUGGAAACGGCAUAAGGAUAUUCCCAGGUCAGCUCCUAUGUUUGUGGUCUUUGCAACAAGAUGAAGAUGAUUCAUGCCUCAAUACACAUGUGAAGCUCUUUCAUUACAGUAAACAGUGGUUUUCUGAACUUUGUGCAUUUGCUGAACAAGAGCAACUCACUUUCUUGGUUUCCACUAAGCACGAUUGUGGUAGUGAGAUGAUCUGUUAUUGUGCACAUCCCGGAACAAAUAGCAAUGAUUUCACCAUUCAGUCUGAUCUCCCUAGUUCUUUUGAACAAUUACAAUGUGGAGUUGCAUGGACUCUCAGUUUUGUGCGGAAAACAACUGUCUGCAGGCCCUGCCUUAGGCAUGAUUUUCAGUUUCUGCUACCAUCCAACAAUCCUCGAGAAGUGCAUGGUUUGUCUGAACUACAAAUUGUAGAAUUUAUUGAGCAUCAGUUUAUUAAUCAUGUGCACAUCAGUGAGUUGGCUGGCUGUUUUUGCCUUGAGAAAUUAUGGGGUGCUGGUGACAUUGUGCAUCAAAGCCAGGAGCAGUGGAACUUGUCGGAACAUCACUUUCUGGAGCAAGCUGCUACAUGUAAUAUUCCUUGGCAUGAGAAGUUGCUAGGGACCAUGAGGACCAUGAGCAUGUAUUGGCUAUUUUUGAGUCAAAGGGAAUAUAAGAGGAGUGACCAUCUUGAUAUGAACUGCAAUUCUAAACAAAUGAUUGGUGGUUCUGGAGCUAGAAUUCCGCUUACUGUACUACUGGUCCCUUUCGAGUUUCGCUCCUCAUUUGGUGAAAUAAUGCUGGGUGGAAAUGCUUAUCAACAGCUUAUGGUACAUAUCGCCACAGCCUUCCCAAGCGAUCUACCAGCGAAGUACUUGUUUGACGACACUACUGGACCUGUUCACCAUUUGAUACAGAAACCUAUUGUAGCUAAGUUGCAGCAACAUGUUACAGAGCCUGGGAAUUAUUUUGCAUUGUUUCAGCUGGAGUCCCCAAGGCCACUUAACAUCAUUAUUCUUGCUCAGUUGUCUUGCUUCAACAAAUUGUAG